AAUUUUUAUAAAUCCUAUUCAGUCCAGUCUGGUUCCCAAGUUUUGCCCAUCUGUUACUAAUAUUUGGAAAUACAAUGAGCGGCGAGCAAGUAAAGGAUUCCAAAAUGAACGAAAAGAUUAUUGCUGAGUUCCAACAACUCCGCAAUGAACAGAGGAACUUGGUAAACAAUCUAAACACACUGGAAAUGGAUCUUAAAGAGCACAAGACUGUGAUAGAUACCCUCAAAACAGUGGAUCCAGAUCGCAAAUGUUUCCGUCUCAUCGGCGGCGUUUUGUGUGAGAGAACUGUCAAAGAAGUUCUACCUCAACUUGUAGAAAACAAAGAUUUCAUUGAAAAAACCAUAACAUUAGUCACCGAUGAUUUGACCAAGAAGGGACAGCAAAUCAAUAAAUUUAAGGAAGAACACAACAUCAGAAUACGUGGCGAACAAAUGGCCGGUGAAGCACAAAAGUCACAAUCAGAAGAAAACAAAUCGGAGAACCGUAACGUCUUGGUAUCCAACUGAAGAUCCCACUCAUUGUGUGUGCGCUUGGUUGAUAUUACAAUUCUAAUACAAUUGAAGACAAAAGAAGGCCUGGAUGUCUUCGUCCUUUCUUGAGUAACACUUAAUAGCUUGUGUUGUAUAUUGCAUCUGUCUAUAUAUGGGUAUCAUAGCUGUAGGUUUAACCAAAUUCGUUAAACAUUCAAUUCUGCUAGCUAACUAAAAAUGCAGAAUAUAGAGUAUACAUCGGUUUUACCUAUAUAUAGUAUUGCAAUUUGAGCAAAAAUAUUAAGACACUAACACUAUUAUAAUUUCAUUUGUAAUAUUUCCCUUCUGGCCUUUUGACAGUCUACAUAAAUAUAUAAAUAUGAACAAACUAAUGUGUUAACGUAUUAUUAGUGGAAAUAAAAACCAAAAACAUCCUCAUGUCUCACCAGUAAUAUAAAACUAUACACAAUAUUCUUUUGUUCGUCGUAUUUCUAGUGAUUUAAGUUUUGCCAAUUUAAAGGCUUUAUUUAAUAAAGAAAUAAAUCUGUAAA